AGGGGAAAAAGCCAUGAGAGUUAGACUAAGCUCUAUCAUUUUAGAAGUUGUGCUAUUCUGGAUUUGCUCGUCGUUUGCAGGCAUAGGGCUCGGCUUAAGCUAUGACCGUUUCGAUCGCAGAGCAUUCCCACUUGAUUUUUUAUUUGGAACUUCAUCAGCUGCUUAUCAAUACGAGGGUGCCGCAUUUGAAGAUGGGAAAGGACCAAGCAUAUGGGACACUUACACACACAAAUUUCCAGGUAAAAUAUCGGAUAGGAGCAAUGGUGACGUGGCAGAUAACUUCUAUAAUCUAUAUAAGGAGGAUGUGAAACUGAUGAAGUAUAUAGGACUGAAUUCUUUCAGAAUGUCCAUUUCUUGGCCACGGAUAUUACCUCGUGGAAAGCUAAGUGGAGGAGUGAACAAGAAAGGAAUUGCUUUUUACAACAAUGUGUUCAACGAACUCCUUGCAAAUGGUAUAACCCCAUUUGUGACUUUGUUUCAUUGGGACCUUCCCCAAACACUUGAGGAUGAGUAUAAAGGCUUUCUAAGUCCUCACAUCAUUGAUGAUUUUAGAGAUUUUGCGGAGCUUUGUUUCAAGAAAUUCGGUGAUCGUAUUAAGCAUUGGAUCACAAUCAAUGAGCCGUUCUCAUUUGCCAGUGGUGGCUAUGAUGGAAGCUUCAUUGGGAACCUGGCGCCAGGGAGGUGCUCCGCUAGGGACAGAUGUUCUCACGGGAACUCAUCAACCGAGCCUUAUAUUGUUGCUCAUCAUUUGCUCCUUUCCCAUGCAGCAACUGUCAAACUAUAUAAGGAAAAAUAUCAGCCGAUUCAAAAGGGGGAAAUAGGCAUAUCGCUGGUAGCUCAUUGGAUGGAACCGUAUUCAAGCAACAAGCUGGACGUUGAAGCUGCAGAGCGAGCUCUUGAUUUUAUGUAUGGAUGGUUCCUCCAUCCUUUGGUUUAUGGAGAUUAUCCAAGAACCAUGCAAUCGCUUGUGGGAAAUCGAUUGCCAAAAUUCACCAAGGAGCAAGGAGCAAUGGUCAAAAAAUCCUUCGACUUUUUGGGAUUGAACUAUUACACUGGAAAUUAUGCAGCUCACAUUCUCUCUCGUAGUGCAAAUAUUAGCAGCACAACGGAUAGUAUGGUCCGUCUCUCAACUGAUAUCAAAGGUGUACCCAUUGGUGAACCUACUGGGGUGAGCAUCUUCUUUGUCUACCCGAAAGGACUUUAUAAACUUCUACUUUACACCAAGAAGAAAUACAAAAAUCCAACUAUUUACAUCACAGAAACGGGUAUUGGUGACAGUAAUAACGGUACCAUGAAACAUGCUAUCGAAGACUUUCAGAGAAUUAAAUUCUACAAUAGUCAUCUUCGGGCUGUUCAAGAAGCAAUUAAGCAAGGUUUGAGUGUGAAGGGUUUAUUUGCGUGGUCGUUUUUGGACACCUUUGAAUGGGGAUCCGGUUAUACCCAACAAUUUGGGAUAUGCUAUGUCGAUUUCAAGAAUAAGCUGAAAAGAGUUCCCAAAAAGUCAGCUAUUUGGUUCAAAAAUUUCCUGAAUGCCAAGUGAAAAAGGACACCUCUCCCUAUGGAUACUAGUACUUGUGUUAAUUUUCAUAUGUAAUAAGAUUAGGGUUUGAUGACCGUUGCUACAUUUUAGUAUAUGUAUGCCGACAUUUAUAUCAUUUACUUACUAAAGUUCGAAAAGGAAAUAAAAUACCCUCUUAA